AAAGAAAAUUACUGGGAUUGGUUUCGAUGUUUCUUCUCCUCCAAAAGUCCACUGAAAGCUUAGUAAAUUCCCUCAAUUUUAUUGAGAGGCUGCAUCAUUUCAUAAUUGUUUUACUUUUAUUUAAAAACAUAAUUAUGGGCUAUGUUCCUUUUGCCUCUUUAAUAAACCAGUAAGACGUAACUGACGUCAGUAACACAAGCAAAAAUCAAAUAAAUAUCAACAACGUGGUGUCUACAAUAAUGUAUUAUUUGCACUAGGUCUAUGAUUAUUUGUCCAAUAACUACAUAAUAAUAAGUGAAUAAAUAUGAUUUGUUAAACUACCGCGAAACUCACAAUAAUGCAUUAUAAAUUGCAGUGGUGUUUUAAAAUUAAGAAGUUCCUGGUCUGUUUUGAGUAGUUCUCUAUUCACGUUCUCACUACCAUUUAGGUAUUUAGUUCAUAAUUGAAAUAAUUGUAAGUACCAUGUAAUUAUGACUGAAGAAAAUGAAAAAAACGUCGAAAAUUCUUCAUCUGCUAAAACUGAAAAGUUCGAGGAAUUAUUUCCUCAGAUUACUCUUUUUGACAUAUCUAUAGACACUGGAUUGCAAGAUGAUGAAGGAAAUAUUCUGCCAAGACCCUAUACAAAAAGCCAAAUGCGUAAGUGGCUUAAAAAGGUUAAAUGGGAAAAUCAUAAAGCUGAAAAACGUGCUAGAGAAAAAAAGAGAGCAAAGGAAAGAAGAAGAAAAGCUCAGGCGGCUAAUAUUGACAUAGGACCAAGUCGUAAAGCAUUGAAAAAAAUGAAAGAAAAACAUAAGAAACGUGGUGGUAUAAUUAUUGAUUUAAGUUUCGGUCAUUUAAUGAUUGAAAAAGAUAGGUUUAAAGUGAUCAAACAAAUCCUGCGAUGUUAUUCCAUAAACAGACGGUCAGAACAACCACUGCAUUUUCACAUAACUAGUUUUGGUGAGAAAUCUAGAAAUGAUAUGUCUAGACACAAUGGCUAUGAAAACUGGGAUAUUGAAUUUCAUGAACAACCUUAUCUUGAAGUGUUCCCAAAAGAAAAACUGGUUUACUUGACAAGUGAAUCUGAAAAUAUCAUUGAGAGCUUUGAUGAUGAUACUUAUUACAUAAUAGGCGGGUUAGUUGAUCAUAAUCAAUAUAAGGGUCUUUGUCAUAAUAUAUCUGUGGAACAAGGAAUAAGGCAUGGCCGUUUACCUUUAGAUAAAUAUAUUAACAUGAAAACGAGAAAGGUUUUAACAAUAGACCAUGUUUUUGAAAUUAUGCUCAAGAUAUCUGAAGGACUAACAUGGCAGGAGACCCUGAUAAGGGUCCUCCCGGUAAGAAAAGGAGCUCACAUUUGUAACGCUAGUAACUCAAAUUUAAGUUUAGAUUCAGAAAAUGCUGUGAAUUCUAUAUGAGUGCUGAAUUGUGUAAAUAAAUAAUAGAAAUUCAUUAUUUAAAAUAAAAAAGUAAAUGAAAAGAAUAAUAUUUUAUUUUCACAUCCAGGUACUUAAAACCC